CAUAAGAGAGAAAGAAGAGAAACAGAGCCACCAAGAAACCUAAGUUAUGAAACGGUAUGAAACGUGUGGGAAGAGCCAAAGUAGGGAGAAAGAUAAUCUAAAUGCUAAGAAGCGUGAAGAGUUGGUACACCAAGAGAGUAGUUAUCUGUUUGGUGAAGACAAGAUGGUGAGUUUGAAACUGUGAGCUAGGGUUCAUAGCUUUAGAAGAGGCCCCUCCGGCAGCGAUAAUGGUGAGGUUGCGGAGAAAGAGAAAAAGGCUGCGCCUUUCCUCCGUCCCUCGAAUUGUUUUUUUUUUUUUUCAGACCAAAGUCAGGAGCAAGUGGCAUAGCUUGUUAGAUGACCACUAGUACCCCUGUGUUCCCACCAACCAACGGGAUAUGCUUUAACCGGUCAGGUUUGUUCAUAGGCCGUCUUACUGGUGUUUAGUUAAACCAAUACAGUUUGAUCAUCAAAUCAAUUUACUAUUUUUGUUUAACCUGCUAAAUCUAAAAAAGAUUUACAACUUUUCUUGUGGUUCAAAAAAAAAAGAAAGAUUUACAACUUUUCUUUUUACAACCGAUAAUUCUAUAUUUUUGUAACAAUUGAAGAUUAGGAUUCUUGGCCAAACUCCCAACUUAUAGAUGAUAACUUGAAAUAAAUUAUAAGAAAUUUCGUAGUA